UGUUGGUGGCAGUGGACGGGGCUUGUCUCUUUUAGCUGGCUGGGUGUGUUGACGUGCAUUUCUGCUCCAUCUCCAUGAUUAAACCGGCAGCUCGGAGGGGAGUCGCAGCGGAGGGUGAAGCAGCAGCAGCAGCAGCAGCAGAAGAAGAAGAAGGAGCAGUCAGGGGGAAUGAGAGCUGAUCGAGUAGAGGCAUCUUCACCAUCAUGCACCCGACUCCAACCACCAGCCGUCCAUUUUACACGAUUAUAUGAGCCCAGGAGCGCCAGUUUGUCUGUGUCCUGCAGACAGCCAGUGUGCAGAAGACCCUGCGAUGACAAGAUAGGCCAACGCCUCGCUGCAGCUACAUACAGGGAAUGAAAACGCUCCCAAGAUGGUCCGCAUCGCCAAGGCCCUGGGUUUGGUUAUUCUGUGCGUCGCCGUGCUCAUACUGUCGCUCAUCAGCUAUGUGUCUCUCCGAAAAGACAGCCUCUUUGCCUCCUCUAAUUUCAUUGGAGGCCCGAGGAUUAUGUUCCACGCAGGAUUUAGGUCUCAGUUUGCCAUAUUUCCUGGACCCCUCUUUCAUCCCUUAACUAACGCUCUGAACGAAGAGCUCCAGGGGAAAUCGUCCAAAUGGAAGUUCAACAAGACGGCUUUUUAUCAGCAGAGGAAAGAUAUCUUCAGCUACAUUGACAUUCCCACCAACUUCUCCCUCACAAAGAACAGUGUGCGUGUCGGCCAGUUGAUGCACUUUGACUACUCCAGCCACAAGUACGUCUUCUCCAUCAGCAACAACUUGAAGUCCCUGCUCCCAGACACCUCUCCAAUCCGCAACAAGGCAUUACAAGCAUGUGCGCCGUGGGUGGGCAACAGCGGUAUCCUAACAGGAAGCCACUGUGGCCCCGAGAUCGACCAGGCCGACUUUGUCUUCCGCUGCAACUUCGCCCCCACAGAGAUCUACUCCAAGGACGUGGGCAAAAAGACCAACCUGACCACCUUCAACCCCAGCAUCCUGGAGAGGUACUACAAUAACCUGCUGACCAUUCAAGACAGGAAUAAUUUCUUCCUCAACCUGAAGAAGCUAGAGGGAGCCAUCCUGUGGAUCCCUGCCUUCUUCCUUCAUACCUCAGCCACAGUUACCAGGACCCUGGUGGACUUCUUUGUGGAGCAUAAGGGACAACUGAAAGUGGAACUGGCCUGGCCUGGAAACAUCAUGCAUGAUGUCAACAAAUACUGGAAGACUAAAAACCUCUCCCCCAAACGUCUCAGCACUGGAAUCCUAAUGUACACGCUGGCCUCCGCCAUGUGCGACGAGAUCCAUCUCUACGGCUUCUGGCCUUUUGGAUGGGACCCCAACACAGGCAACGAUCUGCCGUACCACUACUACGACAAGAAAGGGACCAAAUUCACCACCAAGUGGCAGGAGACCCACCAGCUGCCCCACGAGUUCAAGCUGCUCUACAAGCUGCACAGGGAGGGUGUGAUUAAACUCAGCGUGACGCACUGCUCGUAGAUUUGCCAUGGAUGAGUCCAGAGACCAGAUACAGCCGCUCAGCUCACUUCUGUUGUGAACCACAAUGCAUGAUAAGUGUUAAUGCAAAUUUCGACACCCUCAAUCGACAAACACACAUUCACAUCACGCUGUAUAACUUCACAUGACGAUGUCACAGACUUAUCACAGCGUUGUAACUCAUUUAUUGGUAUAUUGUUGUCUUCGGCUGGUGCCCCACGAGGACGAAAAACGGGUUGUAUCCGCAUAUUUCUCUUGCGUAUAGCCCUUUUUGCCACACGAGGCCGUAACUAAACGAUAGAAACGGACCCCGCAAACGAUAACGGGUCCAAAGGUGGAUAGA